UCGCUGGCGGCAGCCAUCAGCUCGGCACUGGCGGGAAGAGCCUCGUUCGGCGGACGGCGUCCUCUUCCCGUCACGCCGUGUGGUCCCGCCACCCCCCGCAGGGCGCGCCCAGCUGGCCGUGGGGAUGGCCACUCGGGUCCGGACUGCUGCCGUCUGGGUCCCACCUCUCCAGGAACGAGACAGUCCGUGCCGUGGGAUUAGAAAGCUCCAAGGCAAGGAAUCCAUCCUGGGUCCUGGGACCCCUGACCAGAGGCCCGUCCCUGGAGGAGCCCGGCAGAGGCGCCAGAGUCCCAGGACAGAGCAGCUCCUCAAGUGGCUGUGUGUUUCUCAAGACCAGCCGAAAACCAGCGAUUCUUGGGGACCACUGUCAUUCAUGGACGUGUUUGUGGACUUUACCUGGGAGGAAUGGCGGCUGCUGGACCCAGCUCAGAAGCACCUGUACAGGAGUGUGAUGUUGGAGAACUAUAACAACCUGGCGUCCCUGGGGCACCAGCACACCAAACCCAGUGCCAUUUUCCAGUUGGAGCAAGAAGAGCUGUGGAUGAUGCAAAUCCCAAGUCAGGGCCAUGCAGAUGAAGUCCAGGAAAUUGAUGAUCAUGUGGAAUGGCAUCAGGAAAGUCACGGCAAGCUGGGAAGCAGAGCAGAAAGCUACCAGUGUACUGCGUUUGGAAGACUAUCUCUUCAUAGUACAAAUUAUGUUUCUUCAAGACAAGAACUUCAUAAAUGUGUUACACAUGGAAAGAGUUUGAAAUAUAUAGAUUUUAGUAGUAAUUAUGCUGGAAAAUAUCCCAAUGGGUUUCAUGAUCUUAGGGAAUCAUUAUCCCAUUCUAAACAUGAGCAAGCUGUUAUUGGAAAAAAAUACUGUGAAAAUAGUGAAUCUGGAAAAACUGUCAAAAGAGAGUCACAGCUCAUAUGCCAACAAAUGCACGUGGCAGGAAAGCCCUUUGAAUGCAGUUCCUGUAGGGAGGCCUUCAGCAGCAAGUCAUGCCUUGUGGUGGAUCAGCGAACUCCUGCAGAAGAAAACCUCUGCAGACGUAAUGGAUGUGGGAAAGACUUCAGCAGCAAGGCCUGCCUCGUUGUGCAUCAGAGAACUCACUCAGGAGAGACACUUCAUGAGUGCAGUGAAUGUGGGAAAACUUUCCGUUUCAGUUCACAACUCAUCAUACAUCAGAGAAUUCACACCGGGGAGAAUCCCUGUGAAUGCUGUGAAUGUGGAAAAGUCUUUGGUAGGAAAGACCAGCUCAUUUCACACCGGAGAACGCAUUCAGGACAGAAACCCUAUGGCUGUAAUGAAUGUGGGAAGGCUUUUGGUUUGAAGUCACAGCUCAUGAUACAUCAGAGAACCCAUACAGGAGAGAAACCCUAUGAAUGCAGUGAAUGUCAGAAAGCCUUUAAUACAAAGUCUAAUCUUAUGGUGCAUCAGAGAACCCACUCGGGGGAGAAGCCCUAUGGUUGUGGUGAGUGUGGGAAAACCUUUACCUUCAAGUCACAGCUCAUUGUACACCAGGGGGCACACACUGGGGUAAAACCCUAUGGAUGUAAUCAGUGUGGAAAAGCCUUCAGUUUGAGGUCACAGCUCAUUGUACAUCAGAGAAGUCACACGGGAGUGAAACCUUACGUAUGCAGUGAAUGUGGGAAAGCUUUCAGGAGCAAGUCCUACCUCAUUAUACACGUGAGGACUCACACAGGAGAGAAACUCCAUGAAUGCAGUGAAUGUGGGAGAGCCUUCAGUUUCGGUUCACAACUCAUCAUACAUCAGAGAACUCACACAGGGGAGACUCCCUAUGAGUGCCGCGACUGUGGGAAAGCCUUCAGUCGGAAAUACCAGCUCAUUUCACACCAGAGAACUCAUGCAGGGGAGAAGCCCUAUGAAUGCAGUGACUGUGGGAAAACUUUUGGUUUGAAGUCACAGCUCAUGAUACAUCAGAGAACUCAUACAGGAGAAAAACCCUUUGAAUGCAGUGAAUGCGGGAAAGCCUUCAAUACAAAGUCUAACCUUAUUGUACAUCAGAGAACUCACACAGGAGAGAAACCGUAUGGUUGUGAUGAAUGUGGGAAAGCUUUUACCUUCAAGUCACAGCUCAUUGUACACCAGGGGGCACACACUGGGGUAAAACCUUACGGAUGUAAUCAGUGUGGGAAAGCCUUCAGUUUGAAGUCACAACUCAUUGUACAUCAGAGAAGUCACACGGGAGUGAAACCGUAUGGGUGCAGUGAAUGUGGGAAGGCUUUCAGGAGUAAGUCCUACCUCAUUAUACACAUGAGGACUCACACAGGAGAGAAGCCGCACGAAUGCCGUGAAUGUGGGAAAUCCUUCAGUUUCAAUUCACAACUUAUUGUGCAUCAGAGAAUUCACACAGGAGAAAACCCUUAUGAAUGUGGUGAAUGUGGGAAGACGUUUAAUAGAAAAGAUCAGCUCAUCUCUCAUCAGAGAACUCAUGCUGGGGAAAAACCUUAUGGGUGCAGCGAAUGUGGGAAAGCCUUUAGCAGCAAGUCCUACCUCAUUAUACACAUGAGAACUCAUUCAGGGGAGAAACCAUAUGAAUGUCACAGAUGUGGGAAAGCCUUCAUUUGGAAGUCACUACUCAUUGUACAUGAGCGAACGCAUGAAGGGGAAAACCCUUAUAAGUGCAGUCAGUGUGAGAAAUCCUUCAAUGGAAAAUUACGGCUCAUUGUACAUCAGAGGAUGCACACAAGAGAGAAGCCCUAUGAAUGCAAUGAGUGUGAAAAAGCCUUCAUUAGGAAAUCUCAGCUCAUUGUGCAUCAGAGGACUCAUUCAGGGGAGAAACCGUAUGGAUGCAGUGACUGUGGGAAAGCCUUCUCUCAGAAGUCAAUUCUCAGUGCACACCAGAGGACUCACACAGGAGAGAAACCCUGUAAGUGCACUGCCUGUGGGAAAGCCUUUUGUUGGAAAUCACAGCUCAUCAUGCAUCAGAGAAUUCAUGCAGAUGAGAAAUAUGUUGGUGAGUUAAGUGUAAGAAACCAUUUCUCAGGAAAUUCCAGAAAAUUCCUAUAGAAGAGAAACUCUGUAAAUGGAAUCAUCUCCGUACACCGGAAAACCCAUCCUGAAGAGAAGCCUCGUGUGUUUACAGCACGUGGAAGAACAUUCACAGAAAGCUGUUUCUUAUGCACUCAGAAAACAUCAGUACGUGUCACAGGAACCCUGUGAAAUCUGUGAACCCUGUGAAAGUUAUCAGGAGGAAGUCAUACCUUUAAUCUUAUGCAGGUGAAGAAAAAUACGAAUGAAGUGAAUGUCAGAAAGUAAUUUUUUAGUAUGCUAGCAUUUACAAAGGGGAAAUUCCAUAAUGGAGAUGAAUAUGGAAUACAAUCUUUUGAAAUUCAUAAUCUAUUAACCAGUAGGAUUUUAAUGAGAAAAAUAUAAAACCAUUGAAUUUCAGGUAUCAGAAUCUCAUGCCUUGGAGAAACCAUGCUGUAAGUUAGGGAAAUUCUUCAUCUAGAAGUGAUAAACUUGUAGCAGAAUAGAGUAUAAUUCAUACUAUGUAUGUCUGCAUAUAUAUAUGAAUGUUUCAAGUGGGGUAAAUUCUCAGCAGGAAGGUUAUAUCACUGUUACUUUGAUUCAUUCCUUUACAAGUAAGGGAAAUUAUGUUCCAGAGGUUCCAAACUUUUAGGAAAAGAUUGGAGAAAAUAUUCAAGUAUCAGUGAUAGGCAUGUUCAUAAUAGAACACAAAGAUUUUUGAAAGUGUGUAAAUAAAUGUAAUAAUCAGGGUAACAGUAAGGACUACAUCGUAAGACCUACGGGGAUAUGUAGGUGUUCUGUUCCUCUCUGUACUGUAGAAUAUGUUUUGUGUAAUUUGGCAUUUUGCUUGUGAACACCACAUUUGAUAGAGAAAUUAGCUAGAUAAAAGUACUGCUUCUCAGGUAUUUCUACUCUGGACAGCAGCAUUCUUAUUAAGAAAUACAACCUGUUACUAUAACAAUAUGGCAGUGAAAAUGCAUCUCAGCACUUCCAGACUUUUCUGUUACUUUGUGCCCUUUGUAAGUGGGCCUGGCAACUACCUCUUCAGUUACAUAAUCAGUAUAGUGCCUGCUUUAUGUGGCUGUGUGCUGGAAUCUGUUCUUUUGUUGCUGGUGAGAACACCAUGGUUUUCAUCAGGAGAGUCCACAGCGUGUGCAGUCAUGAUGGGAUCCUCACUCACAUGGCCCAGAGCUGGCUGAGAUGCUCCAGGAUUUACGUUUUUAAUGGACUCCCUCAGUACAGAACAGCAAAUGUAGCUUUUGUUCUCUGGUGGCAUCUUGCUGCAGUUCUCAGUUAAUUCCUUCUAUGUAGAUUACCCAGAGUAGCUUCCGUCACUGUCACUUUUUAAUCCUGGUUCACCUCUCUUUCACUUUGACGUACCUGGUGUCCUCUCAGUACAUUGAGUGGUGCUCCUACAAUGUGCACCUGUAGCUGUAGACUCAGGGUGGUGGGAAAUCAUUCUGCUGAUUGCUUAUGUAGAGAGUCGGUGUUUUUUCACAACCACACCAGUUACCUUAUGUGCAUGAGCAGUAGUCUGGAAAGAGCUGGGACCCUGGAAAGUGGGUCAGGGCUACCUUGGAGGAAUACGAGGAUUCAAAACUGCAGGUAUUUCUGAAACACCCACUGCUUUGUGCUCUUUACUUCAGCAGGGAAUCCCGUUUCUUACCCAUAGAAACUUUCUUUCUUGAAGGAUGUACUUAAUGAUUUUCUGAAUGCCUAAUCCUUGUGUGCUUAGCUCAUAAUGCAGGAUCCAGAGUCAAGACACCGGGGGUGGAGAACGUUGAUUCACAGAAGGGAAGAAGAGUCUUGCAUAAGCAAAGAGUUUCAGAUACUUGCUACAGUUAAACCUGGAAAAUACUGUGUAUGUUGCCCAGGUAUUGCUAUCCCAAGGAAGAUACAUACACAUAUUAAAGAAAGAAUGAACACAUACUGUGUUUCCUCUUCCCAGAGCCAGUUAGUUUAAAGCUUGCUGUAUUGUGUGAUGCAGACCCACCUGCAGCCUUGCCCACUAGAAGCCAGAGAUGUUAGCAUAAUGUUGAAGGUGUAAGUCAGAUACUGUGUGAAUGGAUAAUGCUGCAUUGGGUCUGAUCUUAAAUGAAAUGGAAAAGUUACCAGAUAAAUGAAACUUAGCAGAAAUGAAUAGGUCUGUAGCCAGUAAACAAAAUAGAAAAGUUAAAAACAGUCUCUGGCUUGAAAAUCUACCUUGCUCCUCUAACUCUGCCCCAGCCCCAGAGAGAAAGAGGUUCCAGAGAUUUUCAGUAGGAGUAGAUAAUUUUCAGGAAAGCUAAUUCUAACAUUUUACAGUAUUUCACAGAAAAUAAGACAUUUUGGAAAAAAAUGAUGAAGUCAUUUGUGAACAUAUAUUUAAAAAUCCUAAAUGGACUUACCACAAAAAUGUAUCUAAUAAUGUAGAGUUUUUAUUUUUUAAAGUCAUGAUGUGUAGCAGGCCACUAGUAGUGAACCGAGUGUUUCUUCAUGACUAACGGGAUCGCUGCAAUUUUUGUGAUGUCUGUGUGCCCAGCUAAAAAGCUACAUUUCUCCAUCUUUGUUGUAGCUGAGUGUGAUCACGCUAUAAACUCCGAGCAACGAGAUGGAAAUAGAAGUUGCUGAGAGGGUAUAAUGGGAAUGUUCUUCAGAAGGAAAACAUACAGCUAGGGAGAGCUCUACCAGUGUCCUUUCAUCUUUCCUCUUUUUAACAUGCAACACAUCAGACGUUUGGAGACUCAGUAGCCAUUGUAAAACCAUCUUAGAAUUCUUCUUGAGGAUGGAAGCCAUCUGCUAGAGUUGAGUAGAGAAAUAAGAGUGUCUGGGCUCUCUGGUGAUAAUGGUGUGGCUGUGUCAGCCCCAGACGACCAAAUCUGGGCACCUUCUUACACAAAAGAGACACGAGCGAUCUUGUUCAAGGCAUUGUUUGUUUUGAUUGGGAGGAGAUUUGGUUCUGUCGUGUGAAGCGUAAUCUGAUCCUAGUUGAGACAUAUUAGGGUGUUUGGAAGAUUGAAUUAGAAAUUCUUUAUGUAAAAUUAACCACUAUACCAGAAGUAAGCCAUAUGAGUGUCUCACUAUGUGUAGGUAAAUCAUUUGAUGGACUGUAAUACCCAUGGAUGAUUUUAAGUAUUAUUAAGUUAGAAAUAGAAAGUAACUCCUUUAACUUUGUAGGGGGUAUGUUUAAAAAAUGGUCAAACUUCUUGUUAGUGGUAAAACAGAUACAUACCAUGAAAUUAAGAAAACUAAAGAAUGCUUAUGACUUUUAUUGAGCAUUGUAAUGGCAGUUCUGGCCAAUGUGUGAUAACAAAAAGUUGUAAGGAAUUGGAGGUUGGGACAGAAACAAAAGUCCUAUUUUUUUGUAGAUAUGAUUUUCAUUUAGAAAAACCAACAUAAACUACAGGCAGAUAUUUAAACUACAGGCUGUAACUCAUAGACAUAGAAUACAAACUUGUGGUUGCCAAGGGGGCGGGGGGUGGGAAGGGACAGACUGGGAUUUCAAAAUGUAGAAUAGAUAAACAAGAUUAUACUUUAUAGCACAGGGAAAUAUACACAAGAUCUUGUGGUAGCUCACAGCGAAAAAAAUGUGACAAUAUAUGUAUGUUCAUGUAUAACUGAAAAAUUGUGCUCUACACUGGAAUUUGAUACAACAUUGUAAAAUGACUGUAACUCAAUAAAAAAAAUGUUUAAAAUCUCAAAAAAAAAAAAAAACAACAAAAACCAAAGCCUUACAGGCUGUAAGGCAAGGAGAUGUUUCACACGGCUCCGAGAGCUUGCGGUUUGGCCUUGAGCACAAGCACAUCCCUACAGUUCCUUCGUGCUCAGAUCCCAGGCCCUGCUGAGGAAGACAUCCUGCCCUCCAAAUGUCUGAAGGCAGUUUUGUGCUAAAUCAAUCAGAAGUUGUGACAAAGCUCAGACAGCUGAAAUACAGAUCAGAUUGAUUCGGCCCCACCCUAUCUCCCAGCCUGAGAGCUGACAUUAGAACAUAUGUUCCCUUUUCUAGAAGUAAAUGUAUAAUCAGAGGAAAGAAAAUGAUCAGAACAUUGUAAAAUGACUAACUCAAUAAAAAAUGUUAAACAAACAAAAAAACGAGAAAAUGAUCAGGAAUGUGAAUAAUGGUAAAAGCAGUGUUUCACCAAAGACAGCCUUAAAUGGGCAUGCACAUAACAGCAAAGCCUCAAGGUCAUGCAAAGACAGAGCUGAAAGGAGAAAUACAGUCUACCAAUUUAGGUGGACACUUCAGCAUUUAUUUCUUGGUAACAUGACUUAGAGACCAAACUCAGCAAGGCUAUGGAAGGGUUGAAUAAUAUCAUCGGCAAACUAGACCUAGUGGACACGUCUAGAACAGCCAACAGCAGAAAACACAUUGUUUUCCAUUGCAUGUGAGGCAUUUGCCAAUAGUUCAUGUCUUGGCCCAUUAAUCUUAAAAAUUUUUAAAUAAUUGAAAUUGCACAAAAUACGUUCAGACUAUAAUGCAGUUUAACAAGACUCAGUUGUGAAAAGAACAGGAAAAUCUCAAAACACUUGGAAGUUAAGCAACCCAAUUCCAAAUAAUUCAUGGGUCUGAGAAAUUACAAGAGAAAUAUGGAAAAUAUCUUAAAGUAUUAUUCUAUAAAACAUGCAAAUUAAAAUACAACAGACCAAAAUUUCUGAGAUGCAGAAAAAUCAGUGCUUCAAGGGAAAUUCAUAGCACUAAAAUGCUUAUAUUAAAAAAGAAUGAAGGUCUCACAUCAAUAAUUUAAACUCCUACCUUAAGAAACUAGAAAAAAGAGUAAAAUAAGCCCAGUGUAAACAGGAGUGAAAUAAAGACUAGAAACCAAUGGAACAAAGAGUGGAAGGGAAUAAAGAACACAGAUUUGACAACUUUGAUGAAAUGGACUGAAUUCUUGAAAGAAACCAACUAGCAAAGCUUACUCGAAGAAAUAGGUAACCUGAAAGUUGCUACAGUUAUAAAAGAAAUUAAAUUCACAGUUAAAAAUCUCCCAACAAGAAAAAAAUCCAGGCUCAGAUCAUCUCACUGGUGAUUUCCGUGAACUUUUAAGAAAGAAAGAAUGCCAAUUCUAUACAAACUGUCAGAAAAUAGGUGACAGGUACUUCUUAACUCAUAUUAUGAAGUCUGUGUUACACUGAUUGUUUUUAAAAGAUGUGAUACUGACAGGUAUAUAUAGAGUAGAUAAACAGGAUUAUACUGUGUAGCACAGGGAAAUAUAUACAAGAUCUUGUGGUGGCCCACGGUGAAAAAGAAUAUGACAAUGAAUAAACAUAUGUUCAUGUAUGAAAAAUUGUGCUCUACACUGGAAAUGGGCACAACAUUGUAAACUGACUAUAACUUAGUAAAAUAAAGUUAAAAAACCCCCGAUGUUAUCAAAAAACCUACAAAUGUACCUCAUGAACAUAGAGGUAAAAAUCCUAAAUAAAAUGCUAGUUAAUUUAAUUCACCAGUAUAUAAAAGGGGUAAUACGUGAAGGCAAAUUGGAGUUUAUCUUGGGACUGCAAAGCUGAAGUGGAUUCAGUAUUCAACCAGGGGUAGAAAGUAGCUUCCUCAGACUAAUAAAGCACAUCUGGAAAAUGUCUAUAGUUAAUGUCAUAAUGGAGAAAAACUGAAUAGCUCCCCCAAGAUUGAGAACAAAUCAAAGAUGCUCACUGUUACCACUCCAAUUCAACAUUGUAGUGCAAGGUCUAGCUGACUGCAUAAGGCAAGAAAAAGAGAUUGAAAAGAUACAGAUCGGAAAGGAAGAACAACUUUAUUCAGAGACAGCAUGAUUGCCUUCACUGAAACUUUUUAAAAACUUUACCAAAAAAAAAAAAAAAAAGCCACUGUAAUACACAUGUCAGUUUAGAAAGCUAGAAGAAUAUAAAAUCAAUAUUCAAAAAUCAGUUGUAUUUUUACAUACUUGCAAGAGACAACUGGAAAUUUGAUUAAAAUGUACUACUAUUUAUGAUCGUACCACAAAAACCCAUGGAAUAUAUGGUGAGAACAAUGCAGAAGAGGUGACGAUGGCCAGGGCAAUGGGCGGACGUGCUGUGUUGGUGGAGUGGGAGGGUCAGUGCUGUUACAGCGUCAAGUGUUCCCCACGCGGAUCUAUAGACUCAAUCCCAUUCCAAUCAAAUUCCCAGGAGGGUUUGCUGUAAAAGUUGACAGGUGUGAUACUGAGAUUUACGUGGAACAGCAAAAGAACUAAAUACAGCGGUGAACAGGGGAAACAAAGUUGCAAGACACACUAUUUGAUUUCAAAGCCUAUCCGUCAGCUACAGUAGCUGUGACAGUGUAGUUUCGUGAAAGGAGGCACAUACAGAUUAGAGUCCUGAAAGAAAAAACCAAAACAUACUCUAUAAUCAAAGUUAGAAAAAUAGUUCAUUGGAAAGAUGACAGUAUUUUUUUUUAAUGGUGCUAAACUUGCACGUCUGCAAGAAAAAUUAAAAGUCUUGAUCUGUACUUUCACCACAUACAAAAAUUAAUUUUCUCAGGACUAUAUCAGAGGCUGAGCUUUACCUAGCUAAAGGGCUGGUUGUUAGCAUUUAAUAUAUUUAAUUUCAUAUCUAAGACUAUGACGGUUGAGCCAGGAUGGAAGAAUGCUAUAUAAAGAAUUUCUGGUAAAGUAGUAAAGCUAUGAGUCAGCAUGGGAACAGGCGAGAGGGAGCAGUAAGAGAUUGCCAUUAAUACUAGGAGGAAACCAAAGGGAACCCCUUUGACUGGCUGAUAAUAAAAGAUGGAGAAAUGUGGGAUUCAGGACAAUACAAAAGUAACAGCUGGAACAAAAUUAGGAAGCCUCCUAAAUUACGAAGUAAGCUAUUUGAAAGAACAAAGAACCGCACAGAACAGAAAGGUAAAUAGAAAUAAGAUGCACUGAAAUAAUAGAGGAAGCAGGAGAAAAACAAUGACCGUGGAAUUCCAGCUGGUAAAUGUAGAAGAAAUGAUGAAAUUGGAAAGAUUGUUACUUGGCAGCCACUAUAGUGAGGGCUAUUUCAGGCAGGAAUUAUCAAUGAAUGCUAAAACUUGUAAGCAAAAAUGUUAUGAGUAACAAAUAUUUCAAGAAUCUUGUCUAUUGGAAAUGGUGGCCAAUUACCCACCUCAGAGAGUCUUGUAUGCUCAGUAAACAGCCCUGGGCUCCGAGCCCCUGACCCCACCUCGCCCUGAACUACCAGCAGAGGUAAAGGUUUGUAGCAGGUAAAGGGGCCUUGCUUGGUCACAGCAUCACUGCCCAGGCACCUUUGAGCCUGAAGCAAAAGGGAAAACCAGUAAUACUCAUCUUCAAAAAAAUUUUUUUAAUGUUUUGUUCAUCACAGAUUCUCUGACAAAAAUAAUUGAUCGUUUUCAAAAAUACUGUAUUAAAAUAUGACUUACCUUGA